UUACUACCCAACCACCCUAAUUUUCACCUACAUUAACCCAUCCAAACUCAUUUUUCUCAGUAACAAAAAAACAACAGUUUGGCUUUAACUGAGAGGAAACAAACAAGACAAAACCCUCUGGUGCUGUCCCAGUCCGACUUGGAAAUUACAAUGGCAACUAUUAAGGUUGUUAAAGCCCGUCAAAUUUAUGACAGCCGUGGAAAUCCCACCGUUGAAGUUGAUGUCAUCCUUUCUGAUGGAACCUUAGCUAGAGCUGCUGUCCCUAGUGGCGCUUCCACUGGUAUUUAUGAAGCUCUAGAGUUGAGAGACGGAGGAUCAGAUUAUCUUGGGAAAGGUGUUCUUAAGGCUGUGGGGAACGUGAAUUCUAUCAUUGGCCCUGCCUUGAUUGGCAAGGACCCAACAGAACAAUCUCAAAUUGAUAAUUUUAUGGUCCAAAACAUCGAUGGUACAGUUAACGAAUGGGGUUGGUGCAAACAAAAGCUUGGAGCAAAUGCUAUAUUGGCAGUGUCUCUUGCUGUUUGUAAAGCUGGUGCUGCUGUUAAGAAGAUCCCCCUUUACCAGCACAUUGCUAAUCUCGCUGGGAACAAGACCUUGGUUCUGCCAGUACCCGCAUUCAAUGUCAUCAAUGGUGGAUCCCAUGCCGGAAAUAAACUGGCGAUGCAGGAAUUCAUGAUUCUUCCUGUUGGGGCUUCAUCUUUCAAGGAAGCCAUGAAAAUGGGUGUGGAAGUGUAUCAUCACCUCAAGUCUGUGAUAAAGAAGAAGUAUGGACAGGAUGCCACUAAUGUAGGAGAUGAAGGUGGUUUUGCCCCUAAUAUUCAGGAAAACAAAGAGGGUCUUGAGCUGCUGAAGACGGCCAUAGCUAAAGCUGGAUACACUGGAAAGGUCGUGAUUGGGAUGGAUGUGGCUGCCUCAGAAUUCUAUGAUAACAAAGAUAAGACAUACGACUUAAAUUUCAAGGAAGAGAACAAUGAUGGAUCAGAAAAGAUUUCAGGAGACAGUCUAAAGAAUGUCUACAAGUCCUUUGUGGCUGAUUACCCAAUUGUGUCGAUUGAGGAUCCAUUUGAUCAGGAUGACUGGGAGCAUUACUCAAAAAUGACAGCUGAAAUGGGUGAACCAGUGCAGAUUGUUGGCGAUGAUCUCCUAGUCACAAACCCCAAGCGUGUGGAGAAGGCUAUUAGAGAGAAGACCUGCAAUGCUCUUCUAUUGAAGGUGAAUCAAAUUGGUUCUGUUACUGAAAGUAUCGAGGCUGUAAGAAUGUCCAAGCGUGCUGGCUGGGGUGUCAUGGCAAGCCACAGAAGUGGUGAGACAGAAGAUACAUUCAUUGCAGACCUUUCCGUUGGCUUGGCCACUGGGCAGAUAAAGACCGGAGCGCCUUGCAGAUCAGAACGUCUUGCUAAGUACAACCAGCUUCUCAGAAUUGAAGAAGAAUUAGGAUCUGUAGCAGUCUAUGCCGGAGCCAAAUUCCGAGCACCUGUACCACCUUACUAAGGCAUAAUCAGACAGUCAGUGUUACUGGACAAUAUCGUACUAAUCUAAGAAUCUUGACCUUAAUAAGCAUUUUAUUUUGUGCUGAGGAACACUUUAACUUUUGGUCGAGUCACAGCGCUUCACUAUAUCUCAAGUGGUGAUGUUACUACUUGAUAAGUUUUAGUAUUAAAUGCCACAUGUUAUGAUUGCUUCA